CCCAGCUAACCACUUCCAAUAUGGCGGCCGGCAUGGGAUUUUAUCUUCCAUUAUCUUUUCGUUGAGUUAUCCUGAGAUAACAUGGCUACAGGACGAUUGGACGAUAUAGAAAACAUUUUUAAUUCAAGAGGCAUCAAUAAAGGUACGGUAUGGUUGAAAUUACCCUUUAAGUUGAUCUGUUACAGACGCUUUUUCACCAGUAAAAGUGAACUAGACUUAGCGUAGAGAUGGUUUAAACCAUGGAUAAUAGAAAGACUUUCUAUUAUCCAUGUUUAAACCUAAGCCGCUUACAGAUAAAGUUACGAUCGAUUGUUGAGGGAAAUGAUGUGUUUUUGUAAACCUGUCAAUGUCUAGCAAACGUAGCUGCCAAACUAAAACCAACCUUUUUUUCUAUAAAUUAUUUCUUAGUUAUGCCCGAAAAAAAUAAAGGCUACAUGGCCUACAUGUAUUCAAAUUUUACCACACAGUACUGAUGAUUCAUUACUAGGCCACAAAAGUUCGGUAACCAGUCAUUGAGCCACCUGAUCUUUUAGUGACAUUUAGUUUUAGCCUCAGUCAUUAAGCCCCCAAAGAUAAAGAAAUUUGGCGUCCUGUAGGAUGCAAAGGUCGAUCGAUUGAUCUGAACAUUUGUUUUUGUAGAAAUAUCCUGUUCUUGUAAUUUCUGUGGCAGUUAUUAUAGCUGUUGUUUAACGAUGCAUAUUUCUUUCAGCCUUUGUUGUGCUUUGAAAUAGAAAGACUAUAUAUUAAUUUUAGCAUACUGCAAUACAGAGUUUUGGAAUCUGUCUUCAGAUUAACUGUGUGGUUACAUAAAGACCUGAGCAUUUUCAAUUUCAUACUCGUUUUUUAAACUGGGACUCAUUGGUUCUCGACUUGGACUCAUGAUUUUUCACCAUUGUUAUUUAUAACAAAAUCACUGGCUUACUAUUCAUUUACAACAAUUUCAUUGACAUAAAAGGUUUACUUAGCGCACAAACUGACAGGGGCAUGACUAAAAAUAAAAAUACACAGUGUAUACUGACUGAAAUAUACAAUGUAUGUUGGUGAGGCAAUCUGUUGCCAGUUUGAAAUUUAUUACACCUUAGUUGUCAAGUUCAUUGUUAUCUCUUGUAUAGUUCAUAGGUUAAACUAAAUGAGGUACUGUUUAUAUUGAAACUAUCACUUCUGUGAUGAAACUGUUGAAACAAGUGUUCAAGAGGGGCUAAAUGUCUUCAAAAUAGGGAGCUAGUAUCCAGCGGGCCGAAUGGCAGUAAAAUGAAAGUUAUCCUGACAGCAUUCAACACAGCGCUGAAACUCCUACCAAGAAUUGCUGCUGAUCGACAUUCUGUAAUUUUCACAUACUACAGAUACUGAAACUCUUGAAGCAGUAUUAUUACUUUUUACAUUGCAGAUUCACAAGGUAAUAUAGCAAGGAAACGCCCACCACCCAAAGUUAUUGAAUUUGUUGAACCAGGGAAACAAAGAAAAAAGACAAAAGCUGGACCACCUGUAUGUUGUAUCAUUUAAAUUUAUAUUAUGUUCUUUAUUUAUAAAAGUUAAUCAUAGCAUGUCUCAUUAUAAAAAUGGAUCUCAUAAAUUUUGUUUAGAUCGAAAGAAAACAAUCAAAAGAUAAGGACAAACCAUCAAGGUAAACAGUUCGAAAUGUUCUUAAAUACUAAUAAUGUGGAACUCUGUCAUUACUUAUCAGUAAUUGUACAUGUAAGUGUCAGAUUAUGUGGCCAUUUAUUAUAAAUUCAACUAAAUUUGGUUUUUUAAAAAAUGUUUUCUAGACAAGAUCUUGAUGAGAUUGACUUUCAAUCUAUUGCCAGAGAAGUGAAAGAAUUUGGUGAGUGGAAUUUAUAUUUUAUGUUAAUUUGAUGAUUUUCAUUUGGUUUUUAUUUUUCCAGAUUUUGUUUCUAUUAUACCUUUUGCACAUGAAGUUUCUGAACCUGACUGUAAAUAGACAUAAACUAAAAUGGACUAGGCCAACCUGCCCUAAAUCCUUUGGGCCAUUUAGCCCCAAUAUCCACAUACAAAUUCUCCAGACUGAUCUUGGUACAUUUCCUUAACAUAAUGAACUAGUUGAGAUAGUUUGAUAAAAGAUCACUGCAUUUCCCGUCAGCGAUCUUUUUAGUUAUUCUCAUAAUCUAUUCUCUUGUUGAUGUGAUGAUGUUAGGAGAAAAUUAUUUUUGUUAGUCACUCUUGGGACUAACCUGGUUAAUGAGUUAUCGGGAGCUUAAGAGCCCUCACAUAGUGUUUUAUUAGGUACCCAACAGAGCUCAGCAAAAAAUCUACUUGUCCUGGACUACUGGACAUGACCUUUUCAAGCCCUGUGUCCAAACAACCCACCUUAAGUGGCUGAAAAAUGCACAUGCUCAUGUCUUGGUGAUCUGAAUCUGGACAAUUUUGACAAAAAACCUCUCUGAGGGGGACAUUAGGGUUUACAUUUGAGCUUUUUUUUCAAGCAGUAUUUCAGCGACUGUAAUUUCAAUUUAAAUGUGGGCUGUUACAGUAUCAUCUAGCCCUGCAGUAUGUGGUUUUUCAUCCUUUUGGCUGACAGUAUUCAGUAAAAGAAGAUCCUUCAUAGUAUUGCAGUACUGUUCAUUUGUGCUCUCCUCUCUACUUAAUUAUUUCAGUUCAAUAGAACAUGCAACAAAAAACAGUCAGUAAGCUAUUCUUAGACAUAUUGAUAAUGGUAAAUGAUUUCACAAUUUCUGACAUUCAAUCUAUGUUUGAAUUGUUAUUGCAUCCAAUGACCAGGCUUUUCGACCAGUGUAUUAAAAUCAAAUCAAAUCAACUUUAUUGGUACAUCCAAUUAAAAUGGGUUUUCACAUACCAAUUACAAUAAAAUCUAAUAUGAACGAUAGAAAUUCAAUAUAAACAUUUGAAAGUGAAAAAACAUUACCAUACUAAUGAGUUAUCGGGAGCUUAAGAGCCCUCACAUAGUGUUUUAUUAGGUACCCAACAGAGCUCAGCAAAAAAUCUACUUGUCCUGGACUACUGGACAUGACCUUUUCAAGCCCUGUAUCCAAACAACCCACCUUAAGUGGCUGAAAAAUGCACAUGCUCAUGUCUUGGUGAUGUGAAUUUAGACAAUUUUGACAAAAAACCUCUCUGAGGGGCACAUUGGGGUUUACAUUUGAGCUUUUUUUCAAGCAGUAUUUCUGUAAUUUCGAUUUAAAUGUGGGCUGUUACAGUAUCAUCUAGCCCUGCGGUAUGCGGUUUUUCAUCCUUUUGGCUGACAGUAUUUGGUAGAACAAGAUCCUUCAUCAUGGUAUUGCAGUACCGUUCAUUUGCGCUCUCCUCUCUAAUUAAUACAGUUCAAUAGAACAUGCAACACAAAACACAGUAAGCUAUUCUUAGACAUAUUGAUAAUGGUAAAUGAUUACACAAUUUCUGACGUUCAGUCUAUGUUUGAAUUGUUGUUGCACCCAAUGACCAGGCUUUUCGAUCUGUGUAUCGAUAAAUUUGAGGUCUUCUCACAUUUUCUCACAAUGGCUGAGGUUGAUUUCUUGGGCAUACCUGCUUGAAAUAAGCAAACACGUGUGAUGGAUACAAUUUUACGUAAGCGUGACUGAUCAGAAAUGCAGCACUGCUCCAGUUCUUACUGUUGGUCAUUUGACAAUAUUGACUGCUCAAACUAGGUUGUCAACUGCUACCUUCCUUCCUACCCAAGCUAACAGCAUAUUCUGCUAUUGCUAUUAUUUUAGGUAUAACUGGCCUGAGUAGAAAAGAAAGAAGAAAAUAUGAAGACCAAAAGGCACAAGCUCUUGGUGGAAAGGUAGGGACAUGUUUAAAUAAUCUUCUAUCUUCGUCAGCUAAGAGUGGUCUUAUUAUUCUACAAUAUUUGACACUUUUUUACCAGCCCCUGAGCAAUGUUGUGAUAGUUUUAUUGACAGGUGGCAUAUAAGGCACCUUUGAGUUCAUAUUUUUAACUGAAUCGUUAAAAUUUGUUAGCAUUGCUGAUGAAAUACUGUUAAAUCCUGUGAAUUGUACUGAAGUUUGAGCCCCAGGGAUCCGUUUCUUGAAAGUCCCAGUUAUAACUGGGCCCUGAAAGCUGUUUUCUUUACCCAGAAGAUUGAGGUUUCAGUAGUAUGGUUUCAAUGGUUUUGCAGAUAAAUAUAGUGAUAAAACUAUCUGUCAACAAAACAAAAAUAAUGAACUGGUUUGUCAGAUACAACCUGAGCAUUUAUUCUUUAUUAUUUUUAGCUUCAGGCCCGAAAAGUUCCCAGGACUUUUGAGAAACGGGCCCCUAUUAGGAAAUUUUCUUCCUUAGAGUAACAAGGGGUUUUAGUAAUGUGGGUUUCUAGACAUUUAAAGCAUAAUUAGUUGCAUGUGGUACAAAUAUGAAUUAUUUUGUUAAUAGUCCUACAUAGAAUGAGUUUCUUGCUUCCUCCACAGUACCUGUUAUAUAUUUCCUCACCUUUAAUACCUGUUUAGAAUUUAGAUAGCAAUUUAUUUAUUUUUUUCAAUCUCCUGACAACAUUUAAAUAUUUAAGGCUCCUAAAGGACAAAAGAUGCCUUAUCCAAUGUUGAUGCGUCAAAUAAAAAGAAGAAAGGAACAAGAGAAAGAACAAAGGGAAAGGGUAGGAAAUAAUUAUUACUUUUUAAGAAAAUUUGGGGAAAAGAAGUUCCCCUCUUACACCAAAGUUUAAGGUGCCCGUGGGAAAUUAAGUUCAUUGCCCAUUUAAGUAUCUUAUUACUUACUGUAACAUUAGCCAGGGAAUAUUCAUUAUUAUUAUUAUUGUCAGUAAGAUAUGUGAAUAUGGGUCAGGGCCUUAUAUACAAAUUUUACCACCUUUUGAACUUGGACAAAAUGCAGUCCAAAAUUAGGGGUUACCGUAACCGUGUAACUAUAAUAUCACUUGACUUUCAUAUUUACUGUACGUGGGAUUUUGUUUAUGUUAAUUCCUAAGGAAAAUGCGAUGGGCAUCUUCAAAAAGAAACCAGAUAAAAGUAAAAAAGCUUCAACAAGGUUUGUAUAGUUAAUGAAUAUUGUUAACUAUGACAGAACUUGAAUGUACUUUUCUAGUCCAGCAGCAAGACUUAGUUUGCUUAGUUUUCUACUUAUUGCAAAGCAGUAAAUUCACUCGUUAUUUGUUGUCUUUGAAGUCUUGUACCUCUCCCUCAAAAAAGUGGGCAUUGUAAGCACCUUGUUGUUUGAGAGCUUGAAAAGUGCUGGUUACAAAAUGACAACUUGUUCCCUCUGCUUACCAGCUAGAGUGCCAAAAUGCAGCUUAAGUGUGCAUAGGUUUCAGGCUUCAUUUAUAUGAAAGGGUAGGAUUUUCAAGAGUUGGAAGUAUAGGAAAGGGAAAUCUGUCAUUUUAGGUAUUUAAUAUUUUUAACUGACGCAACCUAUCUAGCCAUGCCAGUUUUUUAAACCUACCAUUUAGUGAAAAGAAGGCUUACAUGAAAGAGGCACCUUUUCUCAAUGGAAGGUAUAUGAAAAGGGUAGCUUUUUUGCCAAAAGUGGUACACAAAUGGGUAAGGGGUUGGACCUCGGCCCACUGCCCCAACCCCACCCCCAGGGUUUCUUGUAAAUAGUUUAAUGGUCUUUUUGUUGCAUAUCUUGGCUUACAGAUCCUCUUUGGGUCGCUGGGUUGACAACUCAUCUAAGAGCUUAGAAGCAACAGUUGGAAAAUUCAAAGCUGGGGUCCAGCGUUUGUCCAAAGCUGAUCUACGGAAGAUUAAAGCAACCAAGAGAUAACAGAACUGCAAGAUUUAGUUUCCUAAGCUGCCACGAAUAAAUUAAUGUGCACAUCUAAGCAAGAUUAACUGUCAGAGUGCAAGGAAGAUGGGCAAACAGAAUUAUAAUAAAUUAUAUUCAUAUUCAUGACUACUUCUGGCAAAGAGAAGAGAUUAAUCAGAAUCAAGGACUAGGACAACAUUACAACAAAGUACAAAGUUUUUCAGCAAUAUACAACUGUCCAAGAGCAGUAAUUUUAACUUUGCUUCGGUACUGAAUCUGUUCGGUCAUGAUUACAAAGACAAGCAUAUUUUUCCUCCUGUGAAGAAUUGGUUCAGGAGAAGUUACAAGAAGAUAGCACAGUUUCAGUUUCACAUACAUUUACACUCAGCCUCUCUUAAGUCGAAAGGUAUAGUUAUAAACCAGUUGUUAUAAGUAUGGUGAGUUGGAAUGCAAUGUACUCUUAACAAUACAAAGAUGACUCAAUCCUUUCUCCACACAUCAACAACGGGGUUCCAAGAAGCAAUAACUUAGUCUUAUCUGGAUUUAUCAGCAAGCUGUGUGUGCAACACCAGGCGGCAAUCCGUUGCAAAUCUUCGGAUAAAUGUAUUGAUAAAUUUGAGGGCUUCUCACAUUUUCUCACAAUGGCUGAGGUUGAUUUCUGGGGCAUACCUGCUUGAAUUAAGCAAACACGCGAGAUGGAUACAACUUUACAUAAGUGUGACUGAUCAGAAAUGCAGCACUGCUCUAGUUCUUACUAUUGGUCAUUUGACAAUUGCUCAAACUAGGUUGUCAACUGCCACCUUCCUUCCUGCCCAAGCUAACAGCAUAUUCUACUAAAUUGCUAUAUUUUAGGUGUAACUGGCCUGAGUAGAAAAGAAAGAAGAAAAUAUGAAGACCAAAAGGCACAAGCUCUUGGUGGGAAAGUAGGGACAUGUUUUAAAUAAUCUUCUACCUUCAGCAACUAAGAGUGCUCUUAUAAUUAUUCUAGAAUAUUUAACACUUUUUUACUAGCCCCUGAGCAAUGUUGUGAUAGUUUUAUUGAUAAGUGGCAUAUAAGGCACCUUUGAGCUCAUAUUGUUUAAUAAUUAUUGUAUCUCUAAAAUUUUUAGCAUUGCUGAUGAAAUAUUGUUAAAUCCUGUGAAUUGUACUAAAGUUUGAGCCCCAGGGAUCCGUUUCUUGAAAGUCCCGGUUAUUACUGGGCCCUGAAAGCUGUUUUCUGUAAAUUGAAGAUUGAGGUUUCAGUAAUAUGGUUUCAAUGGUUUUGCAGAUAAAUAAAGUGAUAAAACCAUCUGUCAACAAAACAAAAAUAAUGAACUGGUUUUUCAGAUACAACAUGAGCAUUUAUUCUUUAUUAUUUUUAGCUUCAGGCCCGAAAAGUUCCCAGGACUUUUGAGAAAUGGGCCCCUAUUGGGAAAUUUUCUUCCUUAGAGUAACAAGGGGUUUUAGUAAUGUGGGUUUCUAGACAUUUAAAGCAUAAUUAGUUGCAUGUGGUACAAAUAUGAGUUAUUUUGUUAAUAGGCCUACAUUGAAUGAGUUUCUUACUUCCUCCACAGUACCUGUUAUAUAUUUCCUCACCUUUAAUACCUGUUUAGAAUUUAGAUAACAAUUUAUUUAUUAUUCCAAUCUGCUGACAACAUUUAAAUGUUUAAGGCUCCUAAAGGACAAAAAAUGCCUUAUCCAAUGUUGAUGCGUCAAAUAAAAAGAAGAAAGGAACAAGAGAAAGAACAAAGGGAAAGAGUAAGAAAUAAUUAUUACUACUUUUAAAGAAAAUUUUGGGAAAAGAAGUUCCCCCCCUUACACCAAAGUUUAAGGUGCAGUAGGAAAUUCAGUUCAUUGCCCAUUUAAGUAUCUUCUUACUUACUGUAACAUUAGGCAUUGGAAUAUUUAAAUUCAUUAUUAUUAUUAUUGUCAGUAAGAUAUUGGAAUAUGGGCUAGGGCCUUAUACAACCUUUACCACCUUUUGAAACUUGGACAAAAUGCGCUCCAAAAUUAGGGGUUACCGUAACUGUGUAACUAUAUUACUUGACGUUCAUAUUUAAUGUGGUAUUUUGUUUAUGUUAAUUCCAAAGGAACAUGCAAUGGGCAUCUUCAAAAAGAAACCGGAUAAAAGUAACAAAGCUUCAACAAGGUUUGUAUAGUCAAUGAAUAUUGUUAACUAUGACAGGACUUGAAUGUACUUUUCUAGUCCAGCAGCAAGACUUAGUUUGCUUAGUUUUCUACUUAUUGCAAAGCAGUAAAUUCACUCGUUCUUUGUUGUCUUUGAAGUCUUGUACCUCUCCCUCAAAAAAGUGGGCAUUGUAAGCACCUUGUUGUUCGAGAGCUUGAAAAGUGCUGCUUACAAAAUGACAACUUGUUCGCUCUGCUUACCAGCUAGAGUCCCAAAAUGCAGCUUAAGUGUGCAUAGGUUUCAGGCUUCAGUUAUAUGAAAGGGUAGGAUUUUCAAGAGUUGAAGUAUAGGAAAGGGAAAUCUGUCAUUUUAGGUAUUUAAUAUUUUUAACUGACGCAACCUAUCUAGCCAUACCAGUUUUUUAAACCUACCAUUUAGUGAAAAGAAGACUUACGUGAAAGAGGCACCUUUUCUCAAUGGAAGGUAUAUGAAAAGGGUGGCUUUUUGCCAAAAGUGGUACACAAAUGGGUAAAGGGUUGGACCUCGGCCCACUGCCCCAACCCCACCCCCAGGGUUUCUUGUAAAUAGUUUAAUGGUCUUUUUGUUGCAUAUCUUGGCUUACAGAUCCUCUUUGGGUCGCUGGGUUGACAACUCAUCCAAGGGCUUAGAAGCAUCAGUUGGAAAAUUCAAAGCUGGUGUCCAGCGUUUGUCCAAAGCUGAUCUACGGAAGAUUAAAUCAACCAAGAGAUAACAGAACUGCAAGAUUUAGUUUUCUAAGCCGCGAGGAAUUAAUGUGCACAUCUAAGCAAGAUUAACUGUCAGAGUGCAAGGAAGAUGGGC